AUGACGGAGCUGCUAACCACGAAGCUAGCUGAACAUAAGGCAGAUCUUUUGGCGGAGAUAAAGGAAACCCACACAAGAUACGAGGCAAAGCUGGACAGUGUUCUGACAAUUGUUGAUGACCACAAACGGCGGAUUUCCAGCUUAGAACUGUCUGCAAAUGCCACCAGCGCUGACCUAAUGGGGAUCCAGGCCACGCUGGGCGCUUUAUCUGCGGAGAAUGCUAAGCUAAAGGCUAAGGUGGUGGAUUUAGAAGGCAGAAGCCGGAGGAGUAACAUUCGCAUAAUCGGCACUGACGUUUUGCCGUCACCACCGGAGCUGGAUAGGGCUCAUCGAACGCUGGCCGCUAAGCCAGGCCCCACUGGAAGAGCGCGACCCGUGCUGAGGGGAAAGUUGAAGUACAAGGACGUUCCUUUUCAUAUUGUGGAGGAUUACCCCCCCGAGGUGAUGGAGCAGCGCACCCCAUACCGAGUUGUCAUGAAGCGGCUCUACGACAUGGGCCUCAGACCAGCGCUGUGGUUUCCAGCUAAACUGUCCGUUGUGCUCGAAGAUGGCACGAGGAAAUUUCUUUCAUCAGUAAAGGAAGCCAUGGACUUUGCGGACUCUCGAGGUCGUCGUGAGUUGAUGGAUGACUGA